GAUAGAUCCGCUGGGUUUGUUUUAAAUACCAUCCGCACAUGAAUGUAACUUUGAAGAACAGAUUUUCUUUUUGUUCACAUGUACCAAUCUACCAUGCUGAUGCAAAAGCUAAGCGGAGUCACUUUGCUGCUGUUGCUGUGUCAACAUGCAUGUUUCCUCUCUGCAAGUGGCAAUGCAAAACAAUCAGUGACCUGUGAAGGACGAUCUGCAUCCCUCAGUUGUGAAUCUGGACACAUACAUGUCCUUGGUGCCAACUAUGGACGGACUGAUGGCAAAACAUGCUCUGAUGGGAAACCACCUGGGCAGCUCUCAAAUGUUAAAUGCUCCUCAAAAACAACCCUCAAAAAGAUGACAGUUCGGUGUAAUGGGAAAAAAAGCUGUUCUGUUCAAGCAGUGAACUCAGUUUUCUCUGAUCCUUGUGUUGGGACCUAUAAAUACCUGCAAGUGUCUUAUGAGUGUCACACACCUAAGCAGCACAUAACUUGUGAAGGUAGCAAGAGUAACAUUACCUGUGAGAAGGGUGUUAUUUCUGUUCAUCAUGCCAACUAUGGACGGCGGAAUCUUUUAACCUGUCCUCAUGAAUCAGCAACUACAACACACUGUAACUCUGAUCAGACUGCCCGUUUGCGUGCCAGGUGCAACGGAAAGAAGUCUUGUCAUGUUGAAGCUUCAAAUUUGGCGUUGCAUGCUGAUCCAUGUAAAAAAGUCCAUAAGUACCUGGAAGUGAUGUACUUUUGCAAAAUCGCUUAGCAUGAUCUGCUUCAGUCGGUGAGGAAACAGCCUGGAAGAGCAGAAGCAGCACAUCCUUUUCUUUAGCACUAUUUUAUCUGUUUCUCUUUCCUCGAAAUCUGCUUUGAAACUGUUUAUUUCAAAAAGCUUCAGACAAAUAAAUGGCAGUUGAAAUGAAA